ACUUUUUUGUGAUGUUUAUUUUCGCACGGUUUUUUGCCUAUUUCAUAAAUUUCUUUUAAAUCUAUUCCCGAUGAAAAGCAACGAACGCGAAAAAAGUAAACCUCGCCAUCACAUGAAUCUGGAUAAUUUGGAUAAAGCAUUACACGAUCUGGGAAUGUUGAGUGCAAUAACCGAGGCACGACGUGAGUAUUUAAGGGAAUCUAAAACUAAUUUGGGCGUAAUGAGGUUGAACACGCGGUAUGUUUCCAAUGUCACAGUGGGGUACUGUAUGAAAAGAACCACAAACAAAAACAGACUUUGUCCUUACGUGCUGCCCGUGAGGCAUCGAACUAAAAGUGAGAACUCAGAUGCGAUCGGUUGUGACGCUAGCGAUAGCAGCUGUGACUUUAAGUAUAAUUUAUUAGAACCAUCAACCAGUACUUGUAUAAGAGAAAAUGUUGACCUCAAAAGCCCUGCCAAGCGAUGUCAAUCUCUCGAGAACCUCAACCUUAAUUUAGAAGCCCCACCGAAAGGAGAAGUUUCACCUGAUAUGGAUUGUGUGUCAACCAGAAUUCAAAAAUUGCAAGUGGACGAAUGACAAUCAAAUCAUCACCUUAAUUCUGUGUAAACAUAACUAUGAAUAAUGAUUGUGUUGAAACUGAGUGUAGCUAUCAGAUUUGAGUGAUCAACAGACUCUGAAUAUGUUUUCCUGUGUAUGAAAUCUAUAUGAUAGAAAGAAGGAAUGUAGAUGACACAGAUUAUAAAUGUUCCUAGUUCUUAAUUUAAAUUAGUCCUGCAUGUUUUUCCUGCCUGCAAUGUAUUGAUAAUUAAAAAUUAGUUUAAAAUUAUAAGCGUUUUGCUCAGUAGCUACAGUAGAACUCAUUUGAUAUUUAUUAUGAUUGUUAUGGUGCACAUUAGUCUCCAUUUUAAUUAUUUACAAAUUAAAAAUAUUGAUGUCUGAGGUUGUAACAAGUUUUUUUUUAAAGUCUUAAACAUUAUUUUAAUACAUAUGUGUACAUAAGUUUAUUCUUUUAAUUGCCAACUCGAAAGUAGAUUUUAUGGUUACCUUAGAAUAAAGUGAUUGUUGAAUUUUUAUUUAUUUAUUUUAUCUAAGUCACAGAUGCAUAUAAUAACUGCUGGCUUCCAUUAUGAAAUUUAAUUUAUUUAUGUUGCUGAAAUUAGUUACCACAAAAAAGUAAUGACUUGUAAAGCUGGGUUAUUUUAAGAAGUUUCUACUAGAGAUCUCAUAAUAUCACAAAUAGUGGUGAAUAUUUAAAAUUUUCGUAUUUAAUCUUAUAUUUAUAUAUUUAUAACACCAUUUCGCUUUUGUGACUAAGAAAUGGCUAAUAUAUGUUUAUUUACAUAUUUUA